UGUUCUCACACGCAAUCUCCGUGCCCCGUCCAUUUGGCUGAACCGACGCGAGCGAAAGCGCGUGGAAGUCCCUCAAGUAACCGUCACUCUGAGCAACAACCAGUUGCCAUAGCGGCCGAAGAAAAAAGAGGAGAUAUUGGUCGACUUAUUGGUGAAUUUCUGGUCCUCCAUGGUCUCUUUCUCAGAGUGACGUCUCUGGUAGCGACUAUGUUCACCUUCUCUCCUAGGGUUAGGGUUCUCGUCGGCCCCUUCAAUCCUUACCACUCCUCUGUCACUCUUUCCAGAAUGAGAGCAGCGGAGCAGAGGUCGUCUGCUGCGGCGGUUCCGGCGUCCUCUUCUUUGGGUUCCCAGAAUGGGGCUGCCUCUUCGGGCACUGCUGCACCGGCUUCUUCGCAGGUCCAGGCGGAGGAGACGGGGCAGGGGGAGAGUCGUGAUCGUGACAAUGAUCGAUCGGUGGAGCCACAGCAGCAACAAAUCAACCUGGCCUCUUUACCAAACUUCUGGAUGACCGAGGAGAGGUUGAUCACUGAUGAAACCUGGUCGUGCAUUUUCGUCGUGGUCACCUUUUGGUUCUUCGUUUCCGUGACCAUGAUGAUGGGCGUGUACGGAACAACGAGUUUACGGCUUGGUCCAAGUUGUUCCCUGCUUAUACAGCCCAACCCAUUGUUUACGCAGUUUGUAAAGGUGGAAGAGUUGAAUGGGCCAAAGCCUGGGCCUUUGUUAUAUCGAUUUUAUAAACCUCCACCACUUAAUGUGGUAACAAAGUGGUCUGAUACUCAUAGUGCCUCUAUUCCAGCAGAGCUUCACAAGAAGUGGACAUAUUUCCUUAAUGAAGGAUCUCAAAUUAAUGUCUCUUACAGUGUGAAGUCCCCAAGCUCCAACUCUGUAAUCCUAGCAAUUGCUCAAGGGGAUGACGACCUUAUUCAUUGGCUCGAGGACCCGUCAUAUCCUAAUACCACCUUUUCAUGGAACAUCAUUCAUGGAACUGGUAUGAUCCAGGUGGAUAUUUUGAAGUCUUCUGAUUACUUUGUUGCACUGAGUAACUGGAACUUGGAGGAAGUGGAGGUGCAAUUAAACAUCAGCACAAGGGCUUUCAUGUAUAAUAUAAGUGAUGCUUAUUACAAGUGUAAUUUCACUCAUUAUGCUUGUAUUUUGAAGCUUUUCUUCAGUAGUGGAAAUGCUAUUGUCUUAACUUCUCCUGACCCAGAGCAGGGUACUUCCAGUGAUGAGUGGUAUGUCAGACUGUCUUAUGAACCACGAUGGAUUACAUAUAUUCUUGGCAUAAGUGGAAUGACUCUACUCAUGUUAAUGGCCUUCCACAUCUUAAAGAAGUUUCGGAUUACCCGUCAAGAUGAAGCCUCAGUAAAUUCUGGGGAGAUUGUAUCUGAAAGAACCACCCCUCUACUUUCAUCACACAAAGAUGAGGAUAUUUUAAGUCGAGGUUCAUCCUAUGAUUCUCUUUCACAAGAUGAGGAUGAUCUGGAGGAUGGGCUUACAGUUGGCUCCCUUGAUGGAAAAUCACCAAAAGACAGUGAAAACAAUAAUACAUCCCGGCGUCUUUGUGCGAUUUGCUUUGAUGCUCCUAGGGAUUGCUUCUUUCUUCCAUGUGGACAUUGCGUGGCUUGUUUUACAUGCGGAACAAGGAUUGCUGAAGCAGCCGGUAGCUGCCCAAUCUGUCGCAGGAACAUGAAAAAGGUGAAGAAGAUAUUUACAGUAUAAGCAGUACACAAAUUUGUUGCACAUGAAUAAUCAUAAACUUCAAUCUCCUGUUUUAUACCAAUGCAUAUCACCGUUAGAGGAGUGUCGUAGAUAGGUUUCCUAGGGUCAUUUUUAACAUAAAAUGGCCACCCAUUUUGUCCGUUUGAUUGGCAUUGGCAUUCCAUUUUACCAUCUCUUGGUAUGGGAAUGGCAGCUUAGAUCCUUCAAAUGCUUGCAAUUUGUUUUUUUUUUUUUUGCCCUUGGGGAUCAUUAGGCCUUCAGUUGGAUAAUUUUUUUUUUGCUGUUGUAAUGUUAUUGCCCUGUUGUGCCUGUAUUUAUGAAUAUAUGGUGAUAUGCGUUUUGAGGUUGCUCA